GGAGGGGCGCCAGUCGCAUCGCGAGCGCGCGCCGAGUCACGCGUGCUUCCGGUGGCACAGCGCGCGAACAACACGCACGACGGAGCCCGACGAGAAAACCAUGGUGUCCGUGGGCGCGUGGCGGCGGCGCAACACCGACGAGUGCGACGACCGCUUCGACCCCGGCGCCUCCUCCUCCAGCUCCGGCGUGCCGCGCGCGCCGCCCAACUGCGCGCGCUGCCGCAACCACCGGCUCAAGGUGGAGCUGAAGGGCCACAAGCGCUACUGCAAGUACCGCUACUGCAACUGCGAGAAGUGCCGGCUGACGGCGGACCGGCAGCGCGUGAUGGCGCUGCAGACGGCGCUGCGGCGCGCGCAGGCGCAGGACGAGGCGCGCGCGCGGGCGCUGGACGGCGCGCCGCCGCCGGGCGUGGAGCUUGAGCGCCCCGAGCCGCCCGUGGUGAAGGCGCCGCGCUCGCCGCCGCCGCCGCCGCGCUCGCUGGGCUCCACCAGCGGGGACUCCGUGCCCGGCUCGCCGGUGGUGUCGCCCUACGCGCCGCCGCCCGCGCCCUCCGCGCCGCCGCCGCCCCUGCCGCCGCUGUUGCCGCCGCAGCAGCCAGCGGUGAACAUCGAGAACCUGGUGGAGAAUUGCAACAAGCUGCUGGAGAAGUUCCACUACUCGUGGGAGAUGAUGCCGCUCGUGCUCGUCAUCCUCAACUACGCCGGCUCCGACCUCGAGGAGGCGUCACGGAAGAUCGAUGAAGCGCACUGGGUGGUGCACCAAUGGCGGCUGUACAAGCGGUCGCUGUGCUCGCUGCUGGACACGUACUCGCUGUGCUGCGGCGGCGGGUACGCGCUGCCGGAGUACGCGCCGCUGCUGCUGCCGCGCCGCUCGCCGCCGCCCGCGCACCUGUAGCCCGCCGUCGCCGCGCUGCACACUGUAGCGCGGCAUCCCACCGACGCGGCGGACGCGGGGCGGCGGGGCGGGUCCCCCGCGCCCCACGCCCCGCGGUCGCCCCAUGCCCCGCGCGCGCCUAGCGCCCCGCGCUCGCCCCACGCCCCGCGCGCGCCCAGCGCCCCACGGUGGGACCACGGCCCCACUCUCAGCCCCGGCAGUGAUAUAAGACAUUCAAACUAGCAGUAACGAGGUACUACGAUUCGUGUUAUUUUUGUAGUAUUUUUUUGUCUGUUCAUAUUUAAUUGCUAACGUACGUCCGUGUUUCAGUGGAUCGUUCAUUCUAUUUGUACUGUAAAGUGUUAAACUAUGUAUGUGUCGGUUUGUAAGUGGCCGAAGUAUGGAGACAAUCGGCUUUAGAUAUAGCUAAGUUGUUGACGAAGGAUUUCUGGAAAACUAAUGUUUCAUGAUAACUUUAUUCCUGAUUUAUUCGUAUUGAAAUUUGUAGUUGGUAAUAAUAAUAUUACGAGUAGCUUACCUUCAAACGUUUUGACACACAAAUUACUG